GAGGACACGAUCUUUGCGCUGUCGAGCCCUCCAGGGAGAGGAGGAGUGGCGGUGGUGAGGAUGUCGGGAAAGGAUGCAUGGAAGCGAGCGAACGAGAUGGUGGACAAGUCAAUGGAGCAGGAGAGGUUCGCGUACUACAGGAGGGUGCUUGACCCCAGGACAGGGGACGUCAUCGACCAUGCCGUCCUCCUCCUCUUCCGCGGCCCCAGGAGCUACACGGGAGAAGACUCAGCUGAGUUCCAGCUCCACGGCUCCCCCGCCGUCGUCGACGCCCUGCUGCAGUGCCUGGCGAGUUUCCCCAGCUGCCGUCCAGCAGAGGCAGGAGAGUUUACGAGGAGGGCGCUGCUGAAUGGGAAGGUGGACCUGGUAGAGGCGGAGGGGAUCGCGGAUCUGAUCCAUGCGGAUACCGAGAUGCAGAGGAAGGUGGCGGUGCGGCAGCUGGGGGGAGAGGUGUCGAGGAUGUACAACGGGUGGAGGGAGGAGCUGGUAGCCUGCAUCGCGCACGUGGAAGCGUUCAUUGACUUUGGGGAGGACGAGGAGAUCGGGACCGACGUCUUCCUCUCCUCGCGGCAGCGCGCGAGCCAAGUUUGCGGGUCAAUGAAGCAGCUGCUGGCGUCUGACAAGUGCGGGGAGGCGAUGAGGGAGGGAGUGCAGGUGGUGCUGGUGGGGAAGCCCAACUCAGGCAAGAGCUCGCUGCUGAACGCGCUGGCGAGGAGGAGGGCAGCGAUUGUAUGCGAGCAGCCAGGGACGACGAGAGAUAUUGUGGAGGUGAAGCUGAACCUGGCGGGGAUGCCGGUGAUGGUGAAGGACACGGCCGGGUUGAGGAAGGAGGCUGGGGAUGCAGUGGAGGAGGAGGGGAUAGAGCUUGCGGUGGAAGCCUACUUCAAUGCCAACGUGCGGGUCAUGGUGACAGAU